GCAGCUUUCUAGUUUGAGAUGGAAACUCAUGGGAUGGGAAGAUGUGGGUGCCAUGCCACCAGUUGACAACAGAAGUUCUCUCAAUUUUGUUCACCAGCUGUUGAAUAAACUACAGGUUCAUCAGCUUGAAAAGAAGCACCUAGAGGAUGAAAUUGUAACAACAAAAGCAAUGCUUAAGAAAAUGAACGAUGAAGCUUAUGUUCGACAAAAUAUGUAUGACAAGAGAGCAGCACGACUCCUUGAGGCAGAUACCCAGCUGGGCAUCAUUCAGAGAGAGUGGGUAGGAACACAAGAAACAAUGCAGAGAGAGAUGAUAAAUCUUGCAUCUCAGUGCAACCAGUUGAAGGAGGAAAAAGCAUCACUGAAGGAUGAAGCCGAUUCUAUGAGGAAAGAUAUUGAGAAACUGAGGCAGAUUGUGAGGCAUUAUGAAAAAGUGAAGCUUACCUUGGAGGAGACCCAGGAUCACUUUGCAGCAAGUAGGGAGGAAACAGCAGAACUAGCAAAAGAAAAUUACAAAUUAAACCACAUCCUGCAGGAGAAACAAAGAUGUCUACAAGAGUUAGAAGAGGUAAAACUUCCUCAAAUGUAUCAAGAGCUGAAAGUUGUCAAGAACAAGGCCAUUAGAUUAGACGAAGCCCAUGACAAACUUUUGCGAACUAAUGGUCAUCUAGAGGAUGAUCUUCAUGUCUUACAAGAACAACACAGGAUACUUUUGGAAAAAAUUUUUGAAGAAGAAGAUAUGAAAGAGAAGGUUUUGAAAGAAAAGGUAUCACUUGAGGAACAGGUGAAGAAUCUCUCCUCUCAGGUGACAGCCACAAGGAAUGAGCUUCAUCGUCACUACCAGGCUCAGUUGGAAGACUUGAUGGGCAAAAAAUCUCAAUCUAUCCAGGAACAGUUGAACCAGCUGGAGAUAAACAUGAAGAGGAAUCUUGAGGAACAACUAGAAGUCCAACAUAAGAGCCACCAACAUGCCUAUCUCAACCUUCAGAAAGGGCAUGAAAAGAAAAUAAGAGAGUUAAACUCUUCCCAUGGAACACAAACACUGGAGCUACAGCAGCAGUUAAAAGUACUAGAUGAAGAAAACAAGAGACUUAAAGACCAAACAAAGGGCAUCGUUACAGCGGUAUCCUCCAUCUUAGGGCUGCACCAGGAGGACUCCAUUAGUGUGUAUAAUCCUGCUGGCAGACAAGGAAGUAAACAUUAUGAAGAGCAGUGUAACAACUUCAAAUGGAAAGAAUCAAGCAGACCAACUUCAGGUGGAAGUUCAAGAGGAAAGUCUUCGUUAAAGAGUGGUAGUCGUCCUGCGAGUGGUAAGAGUGCCAGAGAUGUACCUAACCUUGGUCUCAAAAGUUCAUCCUCCAGUGAUUCUGAUGCCAGUGUAUUUCAAGAGGGUAGGCAGACUGUCAGGCACUUGGUUGGAGGGUCUUUGCAUAUGCUGCCUUGUAACUCAAAUGUUGAAAAUGGCAGAAGUGGCAAACCUUGGAAUUCAAGAAGUGAAACCAUGUCUGGAUUACUUGAAUCAGAUCAUUAUCGAAAUUCCCAUAUUGAUAACCCAGACAGAGAAUAUAGGUCAUUACCAGAUCUACAGAGCAAGUCCAGUGUAAUACUUAACCAUCCCACUGAAGCUACUGACUUUGCUUGGAGUCACAGGUGCCAUAAUCAAGAGUUAAGAACUGAAAAUAGUAAAUUUAGAGGAAAGACUGGCCUUGAGGGCAUAAGAACAAAUCCUCCAAAUAAAAGCCAUCAAGAAGCUCAACCUGGGUCUGUUCAUCCAUCUUUCACAACGAAGAUAUAUAAGGCUUCUGAGAUUCUCCAGUCAAGUGACAUUACAGAUGAUGAUGGUGGAGAGAUGUCUGCAUAUAAUAAACUGCAGGUAGAUCAAGAGAUGGCAAGAAUGCUUCAAGAAUUAAGGAUGAAGGUGACCUCUGCUAGAGCAUCUGACAGUGAGGCGCCCACUCACGAUACUUCCUUUGAUCAAGAUCCGGCAAGUAUUACUUUACACAAGCUAAGCCAAGUGUCCACACUUCUCUCCCGAUAUGUUACUCAGUCUCAGUGAAGUCCAAGUUUUCUUAUUUCUUUAUUGUAAUUAAAGUUGUUUAGUGACUUCAUUUGUAAUGUUAGCUGUGCCAAUUCUUGUAUGUUUUUGUGGCGGAAAGCUUUUCUCACAUCUUCUCAUUUUGAAACUUAAUCCCUUGCAGUGAUAGUAUUUUGUAGUUCAUUACCUUUUUAUUGGUUUUUUUAUGUUUGGGAUUUCUCUCUGUUUACUUGCAAUAAAACUUGUUUGUGCAAAGUACACUUUUCAUUGUGUCACUAUUAUGUGGUGUAUAGUAUCUUUCUCCCUUAUUAUUGUGAGAAUUUAACUCUUAAGUCUUUCCAGUGGUGCAUGGCUUAAAACUGCUGCAUUAAUCUAACUUUAUCAUCUGGUCUCUCCCUCCCUCAUUUUAUAUUGGCACACAACAGUGUACUAUACUAUUACAGACACCAUUAUCAUGGCAUAUACGUCUGUAUGGUAAACUUGGAUUAAUUUUGUGUGUUUAUCAGUUUCACUUACACUGUAAAUUGGUGCUGUUCUUACAUAUUGUAUAAAUGUCAUGUAUUUUAUAAAAAAAAAUUUUUUUUAGCAUUUUCUCAAUAAAUAUUCUAUCGUUA